UAUUACACGGAGGAGCUGUUUGAACAGUAGGACGGAGAGGGAGCUAGAGACUCCUCUCCAGCUCCAGCUGCCAUCCUACUCCUGCUGCUCCUCCUCCUCCAGCAGAACCACUUCUCUUUCUCAUCACAUCCAGAGCUCUUUUGGAGAUGUGACGAUUAGGAAGAGAUUGGUGACACUGAGCUGCCUGUGCAUUGACACGACCACUUGACCUCAUCUUCAGCAUGAAUGGUGAUAUGCCUCAUGUUCCCAUCACUACUCUUGCUGGAAUUGGUAGCCUAACCGACUUGUUGAACCAGCUGCCUUUGCCUUCCCCUCUUCCGGCCACCACUGCUAAGAGCCUGCUCUACAAUGGAAGGAUCUCCGACGAGGUCAGCAGCUUGUUGGUGUGUCGAGACGAGAACCUGGUGACUCAACUGGCACAUAGCCUUAACCAGGUCUCCACUGAACACAUAGAGCUGAAGGACAACCUUGGAAAUGAUGAACCCGAGGGUGACAUGCCAAUACUUCUUCAAACCUUGCUGUCCAGGAACCCCAGGAUCUUCAGGGACAAAAGUGUAUUACAGCAACCAUUAAUACAGCAGUACAAGAUUUCUCAGAACCAAGUUCAUGGAAGUCCAGCAUCAAACUAUCAGCAAAGUCCCUCUGGAUGCUUUACAUCCCCACAGUGUGGCUCAGCUACUCAGUUUGUACCCCAGCACAACACUCCUAUACCUAGCCCCUAUACCCCUCAGAGUCCUGCAGACUACAUUCAGUACAAUCCACCCAGUUACUCUCAUCAGACUCAACAAGUUGUUAGUGCCGUGAGAACAACCCUCGACAACAAAGUCUCCGAAGAGCUGUCAAGUAAUUCAUCUAACCAUAACACAAAACCCGGCUUGGAUGAAGACUACAUGAACGUGUCUCAAAGACUGGGCAAUGAGGAGAAUGACUCUUCCAUAAAAGCCGCCGUAUUUUCUGUAUGUGAAGAGAGUGCAAAAAAACCCAGGCCUCCUCUUAUCAUGCAGUCGCCUCCACUUGAUGUGCCACAAGGUCCAGCCCCUGACCUGCUCCUUACCACUCCCGACCGUAAAAAGAAGCAGAGAGAACGGAGUAAAGAAGAAAAUGAGAACAUGGACAAAAAUGUCUUUUAUGACAUAGUUAGCUCUCCAUCAAAGGACUCUGCCAGGUUGACAUUAAAACUGUCCCGAGUGAAGAUCCCAGACAUGGGCCACUCUGAAGAACUCCUCCCAACCUCACCUAUGGACUCGGUUCAUGAAACGGAUGUUUUAAACAAUGAUAUUCAGUCGUCAAGUUCUCCUCAAGAUUUUUCGCACAAGACAGAGGUCGAAGAGCAAGCAAACAGUCAACAGGCUGCUGCACAGCCAAACACCAGGGAGACUGGCGUCAUCAGUGGACUUGUGUUUGAUGACUCUGAGAUAGAAGCACUUACUGAAAUUGAAAGAAUAGAAUCAGCCAACGACAGAGAGCGAUGCUCCAAAGAGGUCCAAGAUAAAGACAAGCCACUAAAAAAACGGAAACAAGACACAUACCCUCAGGAACCCGGAGUUGAGACAAGUGAAGGGCCAUCUGCACAUGGGGGCAGCAACGUUAACAAACCAACACCCAGGAAGUCAAGUGCUGCAAGUAAUGGUGCCAGUCGGCCUGCCUUGAUGGUCAGUAUUGAUCUGAAGCAAGCUGGGAGAGUAAUAGGACAGCCUGUCGUUGUCUUGGAACAGCAGCUAUUGUGUGAAGAUCACUUACGACGCCUUAAGACUAAUGCAGAUACUGAAAACAGACCUGGGAUCAUCAAAAAGCUUCCAGACACCCUCCUGACACCUGGUUCUGAUGGACAGACAGAAAGCAAUAAACAGAAGCAGGAAAACCAGCGUGAAUCAAAACGCAAUCGUGAUAGCAAAUCUGACAGUGACAAGGGACACUCAGAGGACAGACGUGUUGAAGCAACGCGGCUGAAGCAUGACAGGCAUUCAGACUUGCGCCAUAAAGAGGAAAAGAACAACAGCAGUCACCGAUCGCAAGUCAGCAGACCCGAAACGCCAAAAUCCACAAGCAAGGUGGACUGCAACUCAAGACAUGAAGAACACAAAGGCAGGAAUAAAGAAAAGGACAGGGACAAACAGAGAGACAAAGAUGGAGACAAAGAAAAGCUCAGAGAUAAAGAAAAAUCCAGAGAAGGAGACAGAAAUGAAGACAAAGACAAUGACAGAGUCAAAGACAAACUUAGAGACAAAGUCAGAGAUAGAAAUAAAAACAGAGAAAGAGACAAAUCCAUAGAGGUGGGCAAAGAUGAAGACAAAGAUCAGGACAGAGUCAAAAGCAAGCUUAGAGGUAGAGACAAAUGUAGAGAUGGUGAAAAAUCCAAAGAAAGAGAAAAAACCAGAGAAGAAGACAAGUCCAGAGAAAGAGACAAAGAUGAGGACAAAGACCAGGAGAGACUCAAAGGCAAACUUGAAAAUAGAGACAAAGAAGGAGAAAAAGUAAGAGAAACAGACAAAUCCAUAGACGUGGAUAAAAAUGAAGACAAAGAUGUGGAGAGAGUCAAAGACAAAGUUAGAGAUAAAGACAAAGUCAAAGACAGAGAAAAAAAACCAGAAAGAGACAAAUUCAGAGAACGAGACAAAGAUGAAGACAAAGACCAAGAGAGAGUCAAAGGCAAACUUAAAGAUAAAGUCAGAGACAGAGAAAAACCCAGAGGAAGAGACAAAUCCAUACAUGUGACCAAAGAUGGAGACAAAGACGUUGACAGAGUAAAAGACAAGGUUAGAGACAGAGACAAAAUCAGAGACAGAGAAAGACCCAGAGGUGAAGACAAAUCCAGAGAAAGAGACAAAGAUCAGGAAAAAGACAUGGACAAAAAUAGAGACAAAAAUGAAAACGUUGACAUGGACAUCGAACAAGACAAAGAUGGUAAGAGAGACAAAUAUAGAGACAAAUGUAGAGACAGAGACAGGAACAGAGAUAGAGAGAAAGAUCGAGACAAGAACAAGAAGCACAAGACGCCGUUUGAAGGAGACGGCAACAGAAACUCACUUGAGGACCAAACUAAAGUUGAGAGCCCUAAACUGAAGCAAGAUGAAGGCAGGAAAUCUGCAGGGCAUAACGAACGGCAGAGGACAUCUUCUUCCAGCCUUCAGACUACCCCAAACAAGGACCAACGGACAAGUGGGGAUGGCAGCGUGAGCCAACCUGCAAACAAACGGCAAGCCUCUGAGAUAAAAAAAAGCGAGUUCCCACCGUUCCUGCUGGGGGGCAAUUCAGGAAGUCUCAAGAACUUUGUGAUUCCUAAAUUGAAACGAGAUGGAAAAGGUGGAACGGAUAAAGAUCUCAGGCUCAAAAGCAAACUGAUAGAAGGCUGGAGUGAACCAUUAGUGCGGUUACAGAGAGUUUCGCUGGUAGAGAACUUAAACAAAAGAACUAAACCAAUUGUUGUGGUUAAGAGACUCAGCAUUGAAGAUGUAAAAAGGCUCAUUAAGGAAACCAAGAAAGCACACAGCUCCAGAUCCAGACACUGGCCCUCCUUUGACAAGUCAGACCGAGAGAGAGUAAAUAAGCGAAGGCAUAGUAUGAUCAGUAAGAGAUCCAAAUAUGCUGAGGUAGACUCAAAUGACUCAGAUGAGACAGAGGAUGAGGAUGACGAGGCGGACUCUGAGGAUGAGUCUCCAAGAAAAAGGAAAAAGAAACACCACAACAAGGUGUGGAAGUGCGAAAAGAAGAGGGGUUCUAGGGAUCACCAGCGAAGUGGAGGUUUUCAUAAUUCUCGCCGGGGUUCAAGUGGCCGUCAUCGGGAUUUGAGCAGCGAUGAUGAUUCAGAUGAAGACUCCCUUCCACCAAGCCUGAAUGAUGUUGUCCGAAAACUGAAAAAACAGAAAAGCAAGAUGGCGUAUGACUCCAAAAUGACAACAGAGGAAAAGAUGGACUCCUCCGCAUAUAAGAGGUUUGCAACCAAUGUGGACAACAUUCUCGAGAGUCUUGAGGAUGUAGACCUCACUGCCGCAGAAGAUGACGAGAUACCUCAAGAGCUGUUGCUUGGAAAGCAGCAAUUAAACGAGCUUGGCAGCGAUUCUACCAAGAUCAAAGCAAUGGGCGUCUUUAACAAGUUUUCUACUAGUAAACUGGUGAAAAUUCUGAAUACUUUGGAGAAGAACAUUCAGGACAGCGUCACACUUUCCACCUUAAUGAGUCAUGAUAAUGAUUCAAUGGUUGAGGAGCGUUUGUGGCGUGAUCUCAUCAUGGAGCGGGUGACGAAGUCUGCAGAUGCCUGUUUGACUGCGCUCAAUAUAAUGACGUCCCCACACAUGCCGAAGGCUGUUUAUAUAGAGGAUGUGAUUGAGAGGGUGUUGCAAUUCACCAAGUUCCACCUGCAAAACACCUUGUACCCUCAGUAUGACCGUUCCUACAGAGUGGAACGCCAUGGAGGUGCCUCACAUACUUCAAAGUCCAAGAAAUCAAAAUCCUCUGCCCACAAACAGAAAGUGGUCGUGGUGCUCUACAACAAAGUUUGCGAUAUUAUCACUGUCAUCUCAGAGCUCCUUGAAAUCCAGCUGCUCACCGACACCACCAUUCUCCAGGUGUCGAGCCUUGGAAUCACGCCUUUUUUUGUGGAGAAUGUCAGCGAACUGCAGUUGUGUGCCAUCUCUGUAGUGACAGCAGUUUUCUCUCGCUAUGAGAAACACAGGCAGCUCAUUCUGGAAGAGAUUUUCACCUCUCUCGCCAGACUUCCCACCAGUAAACGUGGUCUCAGGAACUUCAGGUUAAACACCAGUGACUCAGACGGACCCCCGUUGUACAUCCAGAUGGUCUCUGCUCUCGUUCUUCAACUCAUUCAGUGUGUGGUUAACCUCCCAUCUGAGAAAGAGUCAGAGGAGGAACCUAAAAAGAAGGUGGAUAGAGAUGUCCUCAUUACCAACUCUUAUGAAAUUGCAAUGAGGACAGCACAGAACUUUCUCUCUGUGUUUCUCAAGAAAUGUGGCAGUAAACAGGGAGAAGAUGACUACAGGCCUCUGUUUGAAAACUUUGUACAUGACCUGCUGUCUGCUGUCAACAAGCCCGAGUGGCCUGCUGCUGAACUGCUGCUCAGUUUACUGGGCAGACUGCUGGUUCACCAGUUCAGUAAUAAGCAGACAGAAAUGGCGCUCAGGGUGGCAUCGCUUGACUAUCUUGGCACUGUUGCCUCCAGCCUGCGUAAAGACUCUCUCUCCUGCAAGAUGGACCAAAGAACUAUUGACCGCAUUCUGAAAGAGACUCCUGGCAGUGAUGAGAUACAGCAGCUCCAAAAGGCCUUGCUGGACUUCCUAGAUGAAAACAUUGAUGCAGAUCCAGCUUUAUUGUUUGCGAGGAACUUUUAUAUUGCCCAGUGGUUCAGAGACACCACAGUCGAGGUGGAAAAAGCAAUGAAGUCUCAAACUGAAAACGACGACGAUCCGAAGUAUCGGCGACAUUCCAGGGAUACUGACACAACCGGGGAGAUUGUACAGACAGUUGAGGCGCGGAAAAAGUUCCUCCGCAAGAUCAUCAAGACAACGCCAUCAAACUUCACCUCUUUGAAGACAAGCUCCGGCACAGUAGACUAUGAGGACUCCUGUCUGAUUGUAAGAUAUCUGGCCUCGAUGAGGCCAUUUGCACAGAGCUUUGAUAUUUAUUUAUCACAGAUUCUGAGGGUUCUGGGAGAGAGUGCUAUUGCAGUGAGGACUAAAGCCAUGAAGUGUUUAUCAGAGGUGGUGGCUGUGGAUCCAAGUAUACUAGGACGAGUGGACAUGCAGCGAGGGGUGCACUGUCGACUAAUGGAUAGCUCCACUAGUGUCCGAGAAGCAGCCGUGGAGCUUCUCGGCCGCUUCGUGCUCAGUCGGCCUGAACUCAUCGAGCAGUACUAUGACAUGCUUAUUGAAAGGAUAUUGGACACUGGAAUCAGUGUGAGAAAAAGAGUCAUUAAGAUUCUUAGAGACAUUUGCUUGGAGCUGCCAGAUUUCCACAAGAUAACAGAGAUGUGUGUCAGGAUGAUCCGCAGAGUCAAUGAUGAGGAAGGCAUCAAGAAACUGGUGAAUGAGACGUUCCAGAAACUCUGGUUUUCACCCACUCCCAGCCAUGAUGAAGAAGCCAUGAACAGAAAGAUCCUGAACAUCACAGAUGUGGUUUUAGCCUGCAAAGAUUCAGGAUAUGACUGGUUUGAGCAGCUUCUACAAAAUCUGCUGAAGUCUGAGGAAGACGCUUCAUAUAAACCAACCAAGAAGGCCUGUGCUCAGUUGGUGGACAAUUUAGUGGAACAUAUACUAAAAUAUGAGGAAUCUAUUACGGACUGUGAAGACAAAGGGAUAAACUCAAGCCGUGUUGUAGCGUGCAUCACCACUCUUUAUCUGGUUACUAAAAUCAGGCCUAGCCUAAUGGUUAAACAUGCCAUGGCUAUGCAGCCCUACUUGAACACCAAAUGCAGUACUCAGAAUGACUUCAUGGUGAUUUGCAAUGUGGCCAAGAUCUUGGAGCUGGUCGUACCUCUGGUGGAGAAUCCAAGUGAGUCUUUCCUCAACACGAUUGAGGGAGACCUGAUGAAGCUCAUCAUUAAACACGGCAUGAUGGUUGUGCAGCACUGUGUGAGCUGUCUUGGUGCUAUUGUGAACAAGGUCACACAUAACUACAAGUUCGUGUGGGCUUGUUUCAAUCGCUUCUAUGGAGCUCUGGCUAAACUCAAGACGCAGCACCAGGAGGACGCCAGCAGCUCCACUCUGGCUGCUAACAAACCAACUCUGCUGCGCUCACUGUUCACUGUGGGGGCUCUUUGCCGACACUUUGAUUUUGACCAAGAAGAGUUCAAGGGAGCUAACAAGAUCAUCAUAAAGGACAAGGUUUUGGAGCUUCUUCUGUAUUUCACCACCCAUGAGGAUGAGGAGGUCCAGAUCAAAGCCAUUAUUGGUCUAGGCUUCCAAUUCAUCAUGCACCCAGAGCUCAUGUUUGUGCAAGAUGUGAAGGUUCUUUACAUCAGUUUGCUGUCAGAUGAGAGCGGUGCUGUCAAUCUGAAGAUCCAUGUGCUCAAAAACCUUCAAACAUACCUGCAGGAGGAGGACUCUCGAAUGCAAGAGGCUGACCGUGAAUGGAAGAAGCAAGCAAAGCAAGAAGAUCUUAAGGAAAUGGGAGACAUAUCUUCGGGCAUGAGCAGCUCCAUUAUGCAGAUUUACCUCAAGCAGGUGCUGGAGUCCUUCUUCCAUUCACAGUCCACUGUACGGCACUUUGCUCUGAACGUCAUCACACUGACUCUUAGUCAGGGUCUCAUACACCCUGUACAGUGUGUCCCCUACUUAAUUGCCAUGGGAACAGACCCAGAGCCAACCAUGAAGAACAAGGCUGACCAACAACUAGUGGAGAUUGACAAGAAAUAUUCAGGAUUCAUCCACAUGAAGGCGGUUGCUGGGUUGAAGAUGUCCUAUCAGGUGCAGCAGGCUAUAAAUGGGGGCAAACGUGCGGUAAUCCGAGGUUUCCGUCAUGAUGACUCAGACUCGGCUCUCUGCUCCCAUCUCUACACUAUGGUCCGUGGGAACAGACAACACAGACGGGCUUUCCUCAUCUCCCUGCUCAACCUGUUUGACGACAGCUCUAAAACAGAGGUAAACAUGCUGCUCUUCAUCGCAGACAACCUGGCAUGCUUCCCUUACCAAACCCAGGAGGAACCUCUUUUCAUCAUGCACCAUAUAGACAUUACUCUGUCUGUCUCUGGUAGCAACUUACUCCAGUCUUUCAAAGAGAGUUUACGCAAAGAGCCCGUAAGACAUGAAAACAAGGUGAAGACAAAGAAGAGAAAAAAGAAGCAUUCUCGUAGGAGGGAAAAUAGCUCUGAUGAGGAGGAGGAAGAUGAGGAUGAAGAGAAGAGCAGCAGCACAUCCACCAGCAACAGUAGCAGCAGCGAUGAGGAGGAGGAGGUCCGCAAGCGAAAGAAGCCUGGAGGCUGUGACUCUGACUCGGAUCUGGACGACGAAGACGCAGUGAUUGACCGCCUGCCUGAAAACGCCGCUCCUCUGUUGGAAUUCGCCAGCGCUUCACAGGGUGUUCUGCUACUGCUGGUGCUCAAACAACACCUGAAGAACCUAUAUGGCUUCUCAGACAGCAAAAUCCAGAAGUACUCACCGACAGAGUCUGCCAAAGUUUAUGACAAAGCAGUGAACAGGAAAUCCAAGGUGCACUUCAACCCUCGUCAGACUCUGGAGUUUCUAAAGAGUGAUGUAGCCAACAGAGACCUCAGUUAUGAACAUAAGAGGAAUAUUGUCAAACAAUUUUUGGAUUUCAAGGUGCUGAUGGAGCACUUGGACCGUGAAGAAGAGGAUGAGGAUGGGGGUGAAGCAAAUGCUAAUGCCAGAAACAAAGCCAUUAAUUCGCUGCUGAAGGGCCCAAAACCCCAAAAUCACAACCAUAGUAAUCACACUGCUCCAGUGGAGACAGACGAUGAGGAGAGCGAGGAUGAAGAUCCUCCUGCGCGAAAACCAAGAAAAGACGUGGAUUCUGCUGACGACACGGGUCAAAGGAACGAGGUGGAGGUAAUGGACAUCGUUGCCAUCUGCCGGCCUAAAUACAAAGACAGACCACAGAUCGCCCAGAUCGUCCAGAAGACCAAGAGCGGCUACAGCAUACACUGGAUGACGGGAUCUUACUCUGGACCAUGGGCUGUGGCGAAGAAGCGGGACGGUCGCAAAAAGGUGCCUUGGGUGGACAACAUCAAGGAGUCAGACAUUAUUUACAAGAAAAUCUCCUUGACGAGCGGACAGAAGCUCACGAACAAAGUGGCACAGACGUUACGAGCGCUGUAUGCAGCCAAGGACGGAUCAAAGAGUUAAUAACAAAACUUACUCCGAACGUCCCUCACAUCUACGGAUCUGCUAUGUUACCCACAGAGAGAACAUUCACAUGUUUAGAUUUAAGGCUCUGGUGGAGGAAAUCUUUAUAAAAUACUGAUGUUUUAAGUUAACAUAAGAAAAACGGAGAAGAAAAUGUUUGUGAAAACAUUUUGUGGGAGUUCCUUCGCUGUUGUGCAGCAACUUGGAUGUUUGAUUUUUACUCCCGCUGUAUCAUAGUUUAACUAAAAAAACAUGUUUAUAUCUGAACAUAAUUCUGUAAAAAACAAAACAAAACAAAAAAACAACAAAACAAACUGAAUGUUGGAAGUUAGUGUAUUGAUGAUGUUCUUAAUAAAGUGUUUUUUUUGGAAUUAUAACUAGAUCCAGAUGAAUUUAUUUACUUGAUGUCAGGUCCUGCAAACUUUAAUGUGUUGUUAUAAAAAUCCUGUUUAGCUCCAUCUGUGUUAUAGACUAUCUUUGACAUGACCUAUUUAUGAGGAAAGCGGUGGAGUAUCUGUGCUAAUAGUGUUUAAAUUUACAGUAGGUUCAGUGUUAUAUAGCACAGGGCAUCAGUACCGUUAUCCACUGCCCCUCUGGUGGAGCUUAUACUGCAAUAAAUUUUUCUUAUUUCUUUGUUA